UGGGGCGACCCCUGCUCGGCUUCCCCGCCCACGACACACCCCGCCGCCCCCUGCUUUCCUCAGGCUUUUCGGGAUCCGAGUGUGCAGGCCCUGGGCAGGCGCCUUGCGAAACGGAAGUAGGGGAGUCUUGGACUUUGUUUCCAGACAACGGGGAGCAGGAUGGCGUCAGUGUGGAUCCGAGAGGCCAAGGCGGGGGACUGUGGAGAGAUCCUGAGGCUAAUUCGGGAACUCGCUGAGUUCGAGAAGCUGUCGGAUCAAGUGAAGAUCAGUGAAGAAGCUCUGAGAGCAGAUGGCUUUGGAGAGAAUCCUUUCUAUCACUGUCUGGUCGCAGAGCUUCCUCCAGCGCCAGGGGAGCAGCCCAGGCCCUGCAUAGUGGGCUACGGGCUGUACUACUUCAUAUACAGCACCUGGAAGGGACGCAAUGUCUACUUGGAAGACAUCUACGUGAUGCCACAAUACCGGGGUCAGGGGAUUGGUACCAAAAUAAUCCAAAAGGUGGCUGAGGUGGCCCUGGACAAGGGCUGCUCCCAGUUCCGCCUAGCAGUCCUGGACUGGAACAAAAAGGCCAUGGACUUGUACAAGGCCCUGGGAGCCCAGGACCUGACUGCAGCAGAGGGCUGGCGCGCCUUCCGCUUCGAAGGAGAGGCGAUGAGGACGUUGGCAGGGAGGUGACACUAUCCCUCGGGGUUCUCUCUCCACUGGAGCCUCUCUCUCCUCCAUGAACUCCAGCACUCCUCAGAGACACCUCCCUGGAAGAGAGGGCCGCCGGGGACAUAUUCUCAAAGUACCAUAAGAGCAGGAUUGGGCAAGGAUGUGGGACUUCUCCUCCUUGUUGGGGUGAACAAUAAAUGAGACUU